AUCGUUUAUCGUGUAUCCUUGAUCCACUUCUCUGUUUCUUCGAAAGCCAUCAUAGCAACCCUCCUAGCGUCCACCGCUAUUAGUUUCCCUUCCACCAUUUCAUCCCUAUCCGACCCGCAUACACCGCGCGCCACAACUCAUCAUAACCAUCAUGGGCUCAGUAUACGUCCCGCCGACGCGGCUCGCCAUCCUUGAAGCCGAUACUCCCUUACCGGGCAUCAAGGCCAAGUACGGGUCGUAUGGCGGGGUCUUCACCCACCUUUUCGAACGAGCCUGCGCCUCCCUCAACCCGCCCCAGCCGCUCCCGGCGCUCCUCGAGCUCUCGUCCCACAACAUCGUCAACGACUUGAACGCCUACCCGGACCCCGAGACCAUCGAUGCCAUCCUCAUAAGCGGAUCUAAGUUCUCUGCUUACGAGAACGACGAAUGGAUUAUCCGCCUCGUCCAGUACACCCGGCGCUGCCUCGAAGGUGGCCGCGUCCGUGUAAUCGGCGUCUGCUUCGGCCACCAAAUUGUUGGCCGCGCCAUGGGUGCCGAUGUCGGCAAGAAUACUCGCGGGUGGGAGCUCAGCGUUGUCGACCACAACCUUACCGAGGACGGCAAGAAGAUCCUUAACGUUGAGAAACUUGCAAUUCACCAAAUGCACCGCGAUGCCGUGUUCACGCUGCCACCAGGCGCCAUCUCGCUAGCUAGCACCGACAUCUGCGCCGUACAGGCCAUGUAUGUGCCAGGGCGUGCCAUCACAGUACAGGGCCAUCCCGAGUUCACCUCAGACAUGGUGAAAGAGAUCCUCGAGAUGCGUCGGUACGGCGGCAUCAUAGCCCAGGACGUCUUCGAGGACGGCAUGCGCCGUGUCGCUAACAAACACGAUGGCGUCGCUGUUGCCAGGGCUUUCCUUCGAUUCUUGCGAGAGUAAGGCCACGCUGAUUAGAAUAACAACAAACUAGAAAAGGGAAGGAAAAAAAGAAAAGGGCAAGGGGGCUCCGCGGAUGCAGCCCAUUUUUAUUUAUACCUA